CCCUAACCCACCCCACCCCAACCCACAAACCAACUUAACCCCUCACAACCCUUUAACCAUCUCUCUUUACAUCCUUUCUUUUUUCAACCACCACCACAAACCACCAACAAACCACCACCAGCCACCGGUGUUCCAACAACGGGUCACCUAACAAGAUGACCCCGAAAACAUUAAUCUAUUACUUAUCGGAACACCCAACAAUAGUAAACUUCCGGUGGAGCCACACCCAAUCAUGGGGCUCCACGUGGUCCUUCCUCUUCACCUCCAUCCUCACCUACCUCCUCUCCUCCGUCAUCCUCCACCUCCUCCUCCACCACCGCCGCCGCCCCCUCCCUCUUGGCCCCUUCCCCGCCCUCCACUCCCUCUCCAUGUCCCUCAUCUCCCUCACCAUCUUCACCGGCACCCUCCUCUCCGCCGCCGCCGAGAUCCGCGACACACGGUGGUCCUGGCGCCGCACCAACACCACCCCUUUCCAAUGGUUCCUCUGCUUCCCUUUAGGCACGCGCCCUUCCGGCCGCGUCUUCUUCUGGUCCUACAUCUUCUACCUCACGCGCUUCCUCCACACGCUCCGCACCUUCUUCGCCGUUCUCCGCCGGAAAAACUUAUCCUUCUUCCGCCUGUUCAACCACUCCAUCCUUAUCAUUAUGUCGUUUUUGUGGCUUGAAUUCUCGCAAUCGUUUCAAAUAAUGGGGAUAUUGUUAACCACUGGUGUGUAUUCGAUUGUCUAUGGGUAUCGGUUUUGGACGGCGAUUGGGCUACGGAGCGCGUGUUUCCCGUUUGUGAUUAAUUGUCAGAUGGUUUUGCUUGGGUGCAACGUUGUGUGCCACGUAGGCGUGUUGUUGUUGCAUUUUAAGAAAGGGGGGUGUAAUGGGAUUGGGGCAUGGGGGUUUAAUUCGGUGCUUAAUGCUGCCAUUUUGAUGUUGUUUGUGAAUUUUUAUGUUAGAGGACGGCGGAAGUCAAUGGCUUCGGAGGAUGUCGGAGGAAAGGCUAAGGUUGUUGUUCCUGUUACCAAGGAAACCGAUCGGAUUGGUUGUGGUGAGGUUGUUGACAAAGACAUUUGAGAGACUAUUUGUAGUGGUCCAUGCUUGGAGGUGUGGAUCGAGUUGAUUUAGAAAUAAUGUGGCAACAUCUUUUGGCAUGAAGGGGUGUUUUACGGGAGGUAUACCAUGUCGGAGUCGGAGGGACGUUUUGGGUGUGGUGGGGGAAGGCCCGGAAGGGACCACGGGCUUAAGGGGUGUUAUCUGAGAGGAUUCUAAUGUAGCGUGCAUCCGAUGCGGUGAAGCCACACACCCGUAUGGUCUAAACGGAAUUAAUUAUAAGCAGUGGUGGAUCCAAUCCUGUUUUGUGGGUUCAUAUAAAUCCACUCGAUUCGGAAAAAAAAUAUCAAACGAACCCACUUAAAAAAGCUCCUGAAUCCAGCACUGAUUAUAAGUAGCCGAGCUGACUACUAUAUUUCUAGCUUAAGCACGAGGUGAUGGACAUCCAUACAUAUUUUGUUGUGUAUUAUAUUAUUAUCUAAAGAAUUUGAAGAAUUGGACAUGAGUAUGGUGGUAGUUGAUUAUAUUUGAAUUUUAAUAGUUGUAUAAAUGGUUUACAAGCAUUCGAGAAAGUAAAUAUAUCUUUUUAGAA